CCACGAUUGUCAACAGGAAGUGGAGCCCAGACAAAACAGAAGAACGUCUCGCGUUUUGAUUAUUAUUAAACUCAUUCAUGCAUAAUAAUUUCUCUUGUGCAGGCACUAGGCUUUUCUUCAAGGAAAUAAACUGGAUACAUGUUUUAAGUUUUCUCAAUCCAAAAUUUUGCCGUAGAGCUGGGGAAGAUGUCAAAUAAUUCAAGCACACCCGCUAGUCUCCAACAAGAUCAAGAGAUUCCGUUUAACACAGUUUCAAAUAUAACGUCAACUGGAAAUACUCUGCCCGGUACAUCAGUGAAAGAUGCCUGUGAUCUUCAACCUACAACUGAUACUAAUUCUCAUUUGAUUAAAGAUAAUAAUAAAAUCAUGCUUCAACAAAAAACAGACAUUUUACCACAUUCAAAUGAAGAGUUUAUGCUGAAUGAAAGCUCGGGACAAAUGGAACCACGACCAGUAGUUUCAGCUACGAUACAAAACGUACAUUUAACGGACUGUAAUACGACUCAACUAAACAGUGAUUCUAAUCUAGAUGAAGAAACUGAUGUCGUGACUGUGCCACAAGCAUCUGACCUUAAAGCGGAUUCCACCCUGGUUGACUCAAUAGAACAAAUCAAAACUGGUACAGGUGUAGAAAACCAACCAGAGUAUAUUCUGGCGAAGUCCAUCAGAAAUAAAAAAUCUGGUUAUGAACAAAUUCUUAAUUUGUGUGAAAAAAAUUUCCCUUCGAAUAUACAACUGAUCCAAGAUUUGUUGAAUUUAAAUCAGAAUUUAUCCGAAGAUGGAGAAAUACAGGAGAAUUUCUCGAAUAUUUGUAAUAGACUGAUCAGCGAAAUGUUACAUUUAAAUCACACAAUAUCGGAAAUAUGUAAGAACAGUAUGACAUCCCAACAAGCUAACACUCAGUCGGGACCGUUUGAAGCACUUCUUAACGUCUGGAAGAAAAAUAUGAUACAAAGACGAAAGACUGGUAAACUGAGUUUCGAAGAUGAGGAGAUGAUGAAUAUGGCCGCUCUGCAGCACGAUUCAACAUACGAUAAUAUUGUCCCAAAUCUGGACAUCCAUUUCAGCAAUCAAUCAUCAGUUAACGACAUUUCUUCGGGUAAAAAAUCUGAAGGUAGUUUUCUUGACAUAAAGAGUGAAUGGCUGAAGCGAUUUUCUGGUACUAGUUCUAGAAACAAAUCAAAUCCGCAAAAAUCCAGUCAAUCCGAUGAUUCAGCGUAUACACCAUCGAGACGAGACGGUUCAAAAGAUACAAAUAAAUCUCCCUCAGCAGUAUCAGAAAGAUCCCUCAGAAGUUGCCGAUCGAAAUCAAGAGUAUAUAAAGACAGUCUCAAUCUUUCAGAUAUUGAUCAAACUUCAGAAGAGGAAGAUUGCGAUCUUCCAUCGGAAAGUAAAUCCGAUCUGGAUGACGAAGACUUUGUGCCAUUCAAAGAAAACUCUCAGUUGAGUUGCGAAGUUUGUGAAAAGGUUUUUAAAACGCAGCGUCUCUUGGUUCUUCACAAACGAAUUCAUCAUAAAAUACCAGAGUUUACGUGCGAUGUUUGUAAUCGAUCCUUUAAUUCUAACAAUGGCUUACAACAACAUAUAGCGUUCCAUGUCAGAUCCUCGAAAUCGUCAAAACCUAUUCCACACAGUUCAGUUAGCCAAUCACAGACCACCAAACCUUCUUCAACUAGCCAAUCAGCAACUCAAAAAACAUCUCCUCAGCGUCCGUCCGUAUCUGAGGAGAUCUAUACUUGUGAAACAUGUGGACUUUCGUUCAGACGAAAGUUUCGCUACUCCUUGCACAUGCGAUCUCACGACAUUACAAGACCUUUCAAAUGUCCAACUUGUCCUAAAAUGUUUCGAACCGAGACAAGCUUAAACAAACACAAUGUAUUAAGUCACAGUGCAAAUCAGAGAUACGAAUGCACGGAAUGCGACAAAACGUUUAAGAACGAAACAUCAUUGAAGUAUCAUCAGAUGUGUCAUUCGGGAAAUUUGCCGUAUGCUUGUUCACAGUGCGAUAAGAAAUUUGUGACGAUAUCUGUUCGCGAUAAACAUGAGUUAACGCACUCGGAUGAAAAACCCUACCCAUGUACACUCUGUGACAAAAAGUUCAAGACACCAUACAGUCUGAAAAAACAUAAUCUGUUACAUUUACCGGAGAAAAACUUCCAGUGCGAUUUCUGCGGUCAGCAAUUUCGUCAGAAGAGUACGCUGACGUCCCAUCAUCGAACACAUACGGGUGAGAAGCCGUACGUCUGUGACACAUGUGGUAAAGCUUUUAGUCAGAGCAGCAUCUUAAACAUGCAUAAACGUAUCCAUACGGGGUAUAAACCACAUAAAUGUACGUUAUGUGAAAGUGCUUUCUCGUGUCGCGCUUCGCUCCGCAAACAUAUGACAAUUCACACGGGAGAAAAAAACUAUAUGUGUAAAGAAUGCGGACGAUGUUUCGCUCGUUCCCAGAGUUUAAAAUACCACGAGAGAUCUCACACAGGCAUUAAACCGUACUUGUGUAAGGAAUGCGGAAAACGGUUCUCGUGUCGUAAGCAUGUUAAACGACACCGUCUGCUUCAUUCAGGCGAGAUGCCGUUCUCGUGUGAAGUUUGCGGUAAAAUGUUUCGACAAGAAUACAACAAGAAGAUCCACAUGCGUGUCCACACUGGGGAUAAGCCGUUUGAUUGUAAAAAUUGCGGACGAUGUUUUGCAUAUAAACAAAGUGCCCAACAACAUACUGUGCAUUGUUUAAAACAAGUACAAAAACCAACUUUUGUACCUUAUAACGUUCAACAAAAUUUCAAUUUUCAGCAAUUAUAAACAUUUCUGAAGGUUGCAAAUUUUAUUUCAAGAGUAAAGCCCUGGUGAAGUACAUGAUGGUGCUGGUUCACUAAUCAGGAGGUCCCUGGUUCGAUCCCUGUAUUUUUUCAGACAUGGUUUCCUCUUGUCAGUGAUGCAGGACGGAAUGCCUGACAAGGACAGCCGUCUAGUCGUUCAGAUGGGACGUAAAACAUUGGCAUGCACAUAAAAGAUCCCUUGGCAAGUGGAAUUCGAUAUAAGAGUAGGCCGUAGUGCCGCUGCCCAGGCAAAAUUUUCCUCAUAGCACACUGUAUGGCACAUGCCCGUUUUCAUUAGCCCAGUUGGAGCAGACCAGUAGGAUUAGACCGGGAGCCCAGGGGACCAACCUAGCUGAAAAGUGUACCAAUUUUUUCCUAUGUUAUCAGUGCAUGUAUAUCUGGUAUCAUCAGAAUGUAAGUCUACCGGGUUUCUGGUGGUGGGUGUGGUAUUCCACGCCCAAAAUGUCAUGCACACCAACUAGGCUAGAUUAGCUCAAAAGUGUACCACAUGAAAAUGGUACAGCAGUGUACCGUACAUCUUCAGAUGUUAUAGAAACACUGUAACAGACAUUUCUAGAAGUGGGUUACCCCUGACAGAGCUAUGUAAUUGUCAGACAUUUGUAGUGGUAGAGUAUCCCUGACAAGAGUUAUGUAAUUUCCAGUCCACAGCUAGGCUAGAUUAGCUGAAAUCUGUACCACCUAAAACAGCUUUGGAGUUGUUCAGCACGACCACAGGAAUCAUGAAUGACCACUGCCAGACAGUUUGUGCGAUGGGUUACCCCUAAUAGACACGCCCCAAAAUGCCACGUCGGAAAAUCUCCAUGAACUUUCUCGGCCAAUGCAGGGAUCGAACAUCCGACCUCCAGGCUAGCGAGCCCGCGUCAUAACCAUCUAGCCACCAUGGCUCCCCCACUCAAAGACAGGUCUUGUGAUCUAAAGCACACACGUUUAACCAAUCGGCUACCCAACUCCCCGGUUGGUUAGGAAACAUAGGAUGUUAAAUCCAAUUUCAGUCUUUCGGUACAUGUAACAUAACAUUACAUUGACUUCUAUUGAACUCCAGGAAAGUGUCAUUAGGUGUUCUGGAAAUAGUAAGCGUGUAACGCAUUUCUACUUAUAUAAAUAACUAAAUGAAGCUAUAGUUUGAAUGGAUAUAGCAUGAUGUUAUUUGACUGGUAUUUGUUUUGUGAAAGAUUUGUUAUUAUAUUUUAUAUAGUUUAGUCAACUUGUUGUCAUGGAUCAAUAUUGAUAUAUAAUUAAGCUUAUACAUUAUAUUUACCAGUUAUUGCAUGUUAGUUUCUCUAGAAAUAUAUAAAGACGUUGUCGUUUACUACCUAUAUUUUAUACGUUCAAUCAGAUUAAAACACAAAUCCUAUUUCUUUCGUUUUUUAUAUUUCAAAUUUUCAUUUUACUUGUCUUUACUACACUAGGAUCUGGAAGAGUUGUUAUAUAACCCGCAUUCUGGAUGAUGUGAGGGAUUAGCCUACGAAACAGUCUGUUACGGUGAGUUUUUGGCGUGAGGUGCUCGGAACUGUGGGUAACCCACUAGAAACAUCAGCGUUGAUUGGUUAAUCAAUUGUCUUACAUGAUAGGGUCAAAAGCCGUUCAUAUAACCUCUGACGCGACCUUCCACUACAACUGGUCAGAUCUUCAUGGAAAGUAUAAAAAAUCGAAAUGAAAUAUGGACCUGUAUUUUAAUCAGAUUGUGAUACGUUUUGUAUAUUAGGGUCUGUUUGUUGUGUAUUUUGUUUAUUUUAGACCAGUAAGACAUUUUUUCCAAAGAAUAUAACAAUUUUGAGCAUUAUCUCAAUUUAUAAAUCAAAUUUUGUUUUUUUUUACCUGUAUAAAAACUAUCAAUUUAACUGUAUUUAUUGUGUUUUAUGGUUGAAUUCAUUAAAACACCAAAUUUUAUUGCAUUUAAUUUAACUGACAGGUGUAUUUGCAAAUUUCACUGCAAGAACGGUAAAAAUGAUCUAAUCAUUUUACAUAAGAUAUUAAAUGGCGGAUAUUGUAAAUUAUAUUAUAUUCUUAGCUAUGUGUAUCCUCUAUAUAUUAUAUCUGUUUUAUUUUAUUUGCUGUUGAAUAA